GAUAUUAUGAUCACAGUCGUGCUUUGUACGGUCUUGACUGCUCAAAACACGGGUUUCAGGCACACCAAGAAUUUGAUCUCGAAACUGACUUUCUACCUGUUGAACCGCGGAAUAUUGACUGCAGCCUGCCAAUUCUUCUUUUUUGUCUUGUGGCACAUAUUUGACAAGAAGAACGAAUAUGUAUGGACGCUAUUUUCCUUUCCAGGUAGUCAAGUCUACGUGAACUCCAUGCUAGCGAUCCUGAAUGCGCGUCUAUUUUUUGACCCGCCCAAGAAUCAAGCCUCAAUUCAGGAGAUUCCGAUGCAUUACAUGAGCGGCUUAGCAGGGGCAGCGUCUUCAAGCCGACCCACCAUCAGCAUCGGUAGGAGUUCCCCUUCGUUAUAAGCAGGAGUCACUCGCGAAAGCACAGUGAGGAAAUAGCAAUUAUGGGGUCAGCUAUCACCUUGUCGGUUUGAUGUAUUUCGAGUGUCCCACAGGAGA